AUGCUUUCUCUAUUCCUACAACAAGUUAUAUGGCUGUCGAUAAGUUUGGUAGCUCAAGAAACAGGUGAUGCCGAUGGUUUUUUGAACGAACCUUUACAAUGCAAUUAUUGCGUACAUUCAAGAAAGAACAAAGAUGUUUCGGAAGGUGUGAAACAUGAACCAGAUUGUAUGAACCACUUGAAGUUCCUAUCAAGACCAGAUUUGAGAAGAACAUGUACUCCAUCAGAAAAAUACUGUGUGUCGAACGAGACUGUGCAGAAAGUUGUGAGCAAGGAUGUGAGCAACACGGAUACGGAUUAUUUCAUACAGAAUGCACUCGUUGUUGUCGAGAACCUUUAUGUAACGAAUUCGACGGAAAACACUUUUAUGAACCGCUUGCAGCUUUUCGAAGUCAACAAUUGUUUUUAA